AUGCGGCCGCUCAGCGAGGACGAGGCCCAGCUUGUCUUUAAGAAGCUAGCAACCUACAUCGGCGAGAAGGUCCUGUCUUUGGUGGACGCCGGCGACUCGGGGCCGCAGCACGUCUUGCGGCUGCAUCGCGAGAGGGUCUACUACAUGAACGAAGCGAUACUCAAGUACAGCGGCUGUAUCAACCACAAAAACCUGAUAUCGGCUGGAGUCUGCCUCGGGAAGUUCACGAAGGCCAAGCACUUCAGGCUCCACAUCACGGCGCUGCACUACAUGGCCCACUACUCGAAAAGCAAGGUGUGGCUGAAGUCUGGAGAGCAGUCGUUUGUCUACGGCAACAACGUCGCGAAGAAACACAUUGGCCAAAUGAGCGAAGAUGUGCCGCAAAACGGAGGAGUGGUUGUCAUGUACAACAACCUGCCGCUCGGCUUCGGCGUGACCUCGAAGUCGACCGAGGCGCUCAAAACGGCGCUACCGGACGACGUGGCCGUCUUCCACCAGGCCGAUAUCGGGGAGUACCUUCGUCACGAGGCCGAAAUCAUCUGA